AUGCAAAUCGAUGAUCUCCGUCAAGUGACAGACUUUGAAAAAAACAUCCAGAAAGAAACCAAUCCAACAACAUCAGGUGAUCUCGACACUCAGUCAUGUGAUCAGAAGGCCGAACAAACUUUGACAGAAGUAGCUUCACAAGGUGGCAAGAUUACCAAGCGAUCAAGUGAUCUCAACGCUCAGUCAUGUGAUCAGAGGGCAGAACAAACUUUGACAGAAGUAGCUUCAGGGGGCGACCAGACUCCCAAGCAAUCAGGUGAUCUCAACACUCAGUCAUGUGAUCAGAAGGCCGAACAAACUUUGACAGAAGUAGCUUCACAAGGUGGCAAGAUUACCAAGCGAUCAAGUGAUCUCAACGCUCAGUCAUGUGAUCAGAGGGCAGAACAAACCUUGACGGAAAUGGCCUCUGAAGAUGACCAGAAUCCUAUCAAAUCCAAAACUUCUCAAAUAAAAGUUGUUGAGGGAAAGGCUCAAUAUGAUAAAGAUUCUGGAAUCUACCGAUGUGAGGACUGUGGAUCAUUCUAUGCUAUUCCUCUCAUCUUAUCAAGACAUGUUUGGUGCAAGCAUGGACAUCCUGGUAUCGUUCUGACGAAAGAUUUGACAAAGGGAGGCACUGCCUUUGUGAUCAAUGUGGUAAGGUAUUCAAGAGCAAGUACCAUCUUAAGUCACAUAAAAAAAAUCCAUACAGGUGAGAAGCCCUUUGUAUGUGAUCAAUGUGGGAGAGCUUUUAGGCAAAAAUCAUCUCUCACUGCACACAAACAAAGCAUCCAGAUAGGUACAUGUAAGAAGCUGUUUGCUUGCAAUGAAUGUGAUAAGGUAUUUACUCAUGAAAGAGGUCUUAAAAAACAUAAAAGUGUCCAUACAGGUAAGAAGCCACAUGUAUGUGAUCAAUGUGGUAAGGCAUUUGAUCUUGCUCGUCGUCUAACACAACAUAAACUAAUCCAUUCAGAUGAGAGAUCCUAUGUAUGUGAUCAGUGUGGUAAGGCAUUCAAAGAUCCAAGGAAUCUUAGAAGACAUAAAGCAAUCCAUACAGGUGAGAAACCCUAUGCAUGUGAUCAGUGUGGUAAGGCAUUUAGUCAAGGAUAUUAUCUCAAACAACAUAAACUAAUCCAUACAGGUAUGAAGCCCUAUAUAUGUGACCAGUGCGAUAAGGCAUUCUCUUCUAAAUCCUAUCUCUCAAAGCAUAAACAAAGCCAUGUAGUUGAACGGCCUUAUGUAUGCGAUCAUUGUGAUAAAACGUUCAUUGAACAAUCCCAUCUCACCGAACAUAAAGUGAUCCACACAGAUCCGGAUCGCUAUCCGUGUGACGAGUGUGGUAAGGCAUUUGCCUUCAAGUCUUCUCUCGUUAAACAUAGAAUAAUUCAUGCACGUGUGAAGAGGUAUGUAUGUGAUCAGUGUGGUAUGGCAUUUACUAUUAAAUCCAAUCUAAGGGACCAUCUACAGGUCCACACAGGUGAGAGGCCAUAUGCAUGUGAUAUUUGUCGUAAGGCAUUCGCUGCAGCCACCUAUCUCAAAAUUCAUAAACGAAUCCACACAGGUGAGAAGCCUUAUGUAUGUGAUCUGUGUGGUAAGGCAUUUAGCAAUACUGCUACUUUCCUGAGACAUAAACGAAUCCAUGCAAAUGAAAAGCGCUAUGCAUGUGAUAUAUGUGGUAAGGCAUUCAAUGUUAAAAAUUAUAUGACUAAACACAAACUAAUGCAUACACGAUAGAAACCUUACAUUGUUGAUAUCUGUAUAAGGCAUUCAUCGUAUAACAAUUUCUCACUAAAAGCAAAUGCAUACGUCUUAGAAGUUUUAUUCUAGUUAUAUUUUGUGUAAGAUAUUCAUCAUAAAGUAAUGUCUCACAAAGCAAAAACAAAUACACACUAGAAACCUUAUGCUAGUGAUAUCUGGUUAAACGCUAAAUAGAUUGGGCUAUUUCAAUCAGCCCCCUUAUGGUCUUAGCUUUCGAUCGUGACUAAAAUUGGCAUGCGCGUCAUCCAUUGCAUAAUCUGCAAAACUAUAAAAUGAAAUUCUGGGAAAAAAUCUCAUUGUUAAUUAAUUAUGCUAAUUUGUAAAAUGAAAAAAAAGCUCUAAUUCCAUUCAUUUAACUAACUAAAUAAUGCCCUUAAAAUGCCAAUUUUGGGGUUAUAGGAAUCUAAUAAAAUAGAUCUUUAAUUAAUUUCAACAAAAAAAAUCAACAUCCCAUUUAUUUUCUUAUGUAUGUUAAUGUUUUCUGAAUGUAUGUAUUU